GUCGCUCGGGCUGAGUGAGACCGUAAUCAGCGGCUCUGGCCCAACCAGGUCCCCACGGCCGGGCCUGCGAGCGGACGGCGUGUAACAGGGACCUUAGGGGCUUGGGGGUUGCAGGCUGUGCUCGGGUCGGGACGGGCUGGGCGCGCCGGGGCGACGCUUUGAGCACGCAGUGUCACAGACGAGGGACCCUGAGAAGAGCUCUGGCUUGGGUGGGCUCGGGGCUUAAAAAAAUGCCUGACGUGGACCUGGCCGAGUAGACGCGUUGACGCGACGCUGCUCUGGAGCCCUUGGGCCUUUACAAACCUCUCCUAGAAAAUUCCCGCCGCCUGGGAAGCUGGGACAGAAGUCUCCCUCUGCCCCUGUUAUGAGCAAAACGCGUUUGGACCUGUGGGUCGCUGAAGUUGCCACUGCAAAGGAACAAAAACACAAGCAUUCCAAGUGGCCUUUGUCCCAAACCCCUAUAUAUAAACGUGACAUUCUAAAACCAGGACAGGCCAACACCCGGGAAACAGACAUGACCGCCUCUGACUCCUUUCUAACCUGGCGUGGCGAAGGUGGGUUUCCGUAAAGAGGAGCUGGAGGGAGACAGGGAGGAUGAACCUGAUGUGGGCAGAAUUCAGAUGAGCUGGACAGUGCUGUGAAGGACCUUCAAGCAGCCCCCAAGAUCCCUGAUAUGGCAUCCAAAACCAAGAAGGGACUGAAAGGCUCCAUCGAUGAAGUCCUUGGUGACCUCCUGGGAGAUGAUAUGGCACUACCUGAGAAGCCUGUUGAACUAGCUUCACAUGCCAGAGGCUCCACACGUGCACCUCAGGGGCUCCCUUCUUCAAAGAGCAGAGCAAGGUCCCUCCUGGAUGACAAUAUUUUUGAUACCCUGGUAGAAGCUGAUGCUGAGAUUUCCGAUGUGUCAGAGGCAGACCCGCAGGCCUUGCUGCAGACCAUGAAGGAUCUAGAUGACAUGGACGCCGAUAUCCUGGGUUUGAAGAAGUCUCAUCCAGCCUCUGGCAAAACAGCUACCAAGGGUUCUGGGAAAGAGGAGCUGCCUAGCAAUCCCAGACCUGCCAGCAGGCUCGCAGCUGGUGAGAAGGGGGACACAGUUGCCACCAAGCAGCCAACCACCUCUCCCAGCAGCUUUGGGCAUCAGUACAGGAAGCUUUCCUUUGGAGACUUGGAAGACCCAUUGGCAGGACUUCUCUCUGAUGAGGAAGAAGACAUUGCCAAGAAGCCACCUGUGACAGAGAGUAAAACAGCUUCCAACAGAAGUCCCAUCCCAGUCAGAGAGCAAGGUCCCUGUAUUCCUCUAACUCCUGGGGACACUCCCAUCCGAAAGAAGGAGUUGCUGUUUGAUGAUGGGGACGACAUCAUGGCCACCCUGGGGUUUGGAGACAGCCCCAAGGGAGAGAAGAGACAGAUGGGUAACCAGGAAGGGCCCCGCCCUGCUCGCUCCAAGCUGGAUGAACUGCUGGGUCGAAGCACAGCCUCAAAACUCCUAGCUCAUCCGAGUCCCGGACAACACAGAGAGUUCAAACUAGACAAAAAAUAUCAGAAACCACAGGACAAAGAAGAAGAAGAUAGCUGGGACAACGAGGACCUCAUCUUUGGGGCCUACCAGCCCACUGUGGGCUCCUCCGAGGGUCCACAGUCUCGGCGACAGUCUGUCAGGGUCUUAGAAGGUGGCCCAGACCCCAAGGGAGAACCAGGCACCAAACAAAGUCCUCCAGCAGCUUCCAGCCCAAUCUCCCCCAGGAAGGGAGGAGCUGACUGGUUGGGCCUCAAGGAUGACGACUUGGACCUGCUUCCUCCCUCUCCCACCCGAGAGUCCUGUCGGGGAGGCUUGGCAAUCUCCACACCUUCUGUACCUGGUCCUGUGAGCCAGCACUCAGCCCUAGACCCAAACUCUGCCCCAUUUGGGCUGCCCUCCUCAGGGUCAAAGCCACCAGCAGAGAAUACAGGGCCAUCUGCCCAAGCCAGCCAGUCCUCCAAGCUGCGAGAGUCUGAGGCGGGAGAGGAGGAGGAUUGGCUGAGCCAUGUCUUGUCUCGGAAGAAGUCCCAGGGUGUGGCCAGAGAGGAGCAUGCUGAGGCUUAUAAGGGUCCGAACUCAGUGGGGACAGCCAGCCAACCUGUCACCAGCACUCAGGGGCUUGAUCAGGCAGCUGUGGGAAGGACCUCAGGAGCAACAGAACAAGAAAUACCAGCUGCCAGGCCCCUCCUCACAGGGUCCCCCGAGAGUUGGAGCCACUCUCCCUUGGCCCUCCCUGCAGGUGACCCAAAGAGAAGAACAGCCUCUGGAGACCCCUAUGGCACCGAGCCUGCGGUUUGUUUCCCCAAAUCUCAGGAACCCACAGGGCUCUCUGCACCUGUCAAGUCCCUGUUCCCAGAGUCCCUGGAGCAGAGCCUGCUGCCAGGUGUGGGAUACCAGAAGCAGCUCCUGGCAGCCCAGGCGCAGCUUCAGAGUGGCACUGCCCAGCUCCAAGCAGAGCUGCUGCAGAGCCACGCACGGCUGGCAGAGCUGGAGGUUCAGGUGCGGAAGCUGGAACUAGAGCGGACCCAGCACCAGCUGCUGCUGGAAAGUUUACAGCAGCGGCACCAGGCAGACCUGGAGCUCAUUGAGAAUGCACACAGAAGCCGCAUUAAGAUGCUAGAGACAUCAUACCAGCAACGGGAGGAGCGGCUCCGCAGAGAGAAUGAGGAGCUGUCAGCUCAGUAUCUCUCUCAUUGCCACGAGGCUGAGCAGGCCCGAGCCGAGCUCACAGCCCAGCACCAGCGGCGCUUGGCAGCAGCGGCACAAGAAAAAGACCAGGAGAUGGAGCGGCUUCGGGAGCUACAGCGGGCAUCCAUCCUGGAAAUGCGCAAGGACCAUGAGGAGCAGCUGCAGCGACUGAAGUUGCUGAAGGACCGAGAGAUCGAUGCAGUUACCAGUGCCACCUCCCACACACGGUCCCUGAAUGGCAUCAUCGAGCAGAUGGAAAAGUUCUCCAGCAGCCUGAAUGAGCUGUCCUCCCGCGUGGAGGCCUCACACCUCACCACCUCGCAGGAGCGGGAGCUGGGAAUCCGGCAUCAGGACGAGCAGCUGCGAGCACUGCAGGAGCGGCUGGGCCGGCAGCAGCAGGACAUGGAGGAGGAGCGUGCUCGGCUGCAAGAGGUCAUCGGGAAGAUGGAGGCCCGGCUAAGUGAGCAGAGCCGGCUGCUGGAGAAGGAACGCUGGCGUGUGAAUGCCGAGCAGUCCAAGGCAGAGUCCACGCAGCGUGCUCUGGAGGAGCAGAGGAAGGUCUUGGCCCAGCAGAUCGCCAUAGAGAGGGAGGAGCUGGAGAGGGCCAAGAGCGCCUUGCUGGAGGAGCAGAAGUCGGUCAUGCAGAAGUGUGGGGAGGAGAGGCGGCGCCUGGCAGCCGAGUGGGCUGAGUUCUUCACGCAGCAGAAGCUGAGUAAGGAGCGGGCUGAGCGCGAGGCCGAGCGAGCACUGCAGGUGGACACCCGCCGGGAGGGCACCCUCAUCAGCCUGGCCAAGGAACAGGGAGAGCUAAGGGUCAGGGCCAGCGAGCUCCGGGCCAAGGAGGAGCAGCUGGCAACUGAGAGGGAGGCUGUGGAGCGGGAGCGGCAGGAGCUACAGCAGGAGAAGGAGAGGGUCAGAGCCGCCAGCCUGCGUCUCCAGCGCCGUGCUGAGGAGGUGGAGCACAUGAGCCAGGUGGCCUCUAAGAAGUACCAGGAGGGUGAGCAAGCGCUGCAGGAGGCCCGGCAGUUGCAGUCUGAGCAACAGGCCCGGCUGCAGGCUGUUAGGCAGCAGCAGGAGCGGCUGCAGCAGCAGGAGCAGCAUGUACAUCAGGAACACCUGAGCUUGGCACAGCAGAGGCUACAGCUGGACCGUGCUCGACAAGACCUGCCCUCCAGCCUCCCAGGGCUGUUCUCAACAGGCCAGGGCCCAGCAGCCUCCGACCUGGGUGCCUUCUCAGCUCUCGUGACUCCCGCUCCCACCACCCUUCAGGGCAGCCAGCUGCUGGCCAGCCCAGGCCCCGCGAAGCUCCUUGCCAAGUUGGUGCUGCUGAAGCACACAGCCGAGCAGGACCGGGACUUCUUGGAGAAUGAGCAGUUCUUCUUGAACGCCCUGAAGAAUGCGUCCUACAACAUGACGUCCCAUUCCACUUAACAUGGACAGCUGCCCCUCGGCGAGCACCUGGACCCUGGACUCUCCCUUGCCAUGCUGCCGGGCCCUACCAGAGCCCUCCAUCCAGACAGCCUGCCUGUAUGCUCUUGCCAGGCCCUGCACCUUUGGCGCUCUGACGUGCAACAGCCCCCAGGAGCUGAGGGUGUCUCAUCACAGACUUCUGGCUCCAGUCUGACGGUCUGAGGAGGCAGCAAACUCCACCAGCUUCAACCAUAGGCAGCCGGUUCGGGUCUAUGUGCCUGGGCCUUUUCAGAGGCAGGGGUUUUCUUGGGGGGGGUACCAUGAACAGCCUUCUACCUUCUUUGCCUGAGAGGUCCCCUCCCUAAUGGGGACAUGGACAAAGGCCUCCUGGGCAAGUGAGUGGGAGGUCUGGUGGGGGCAGGGAGGGCACCAUGCCAGAUUCUUCUCACGGUUCCAUGAGCUCCUGGGAUUCAGCCAGCCACUCCACCCCCACUCAUUCUCAGCUCUGCCCAAGUGGCUGACCAGCUCAACAUGAACUUUGGCCUCCAGCUUCUUCCUCCUCAAUUAGGCCCUCACCAGAAGCAGGAGUAGGGAACUGUGGGUGAUGUUGGGGGUGUGGAAAUGGACAGGGAAGGAAGACAGCCAGAGCCUCUGUCCCUGGAGGGGAGAAAGGUGACCUAUGGGUCCCCAUGCACUGCUACUGCCACCUGCGCCUUUGCUGGCCUCCACGUACGUACAGGCCGUGUGCCAAGGUCAGCUGGAGGGAUGCCAGGAUGGGGCUGGAGGGGUACUCAUUGUACCCAGCAGACCCAGGACAAAUCAACUCGACUAAUAAAAUUGCAGUUGCUGCUAAAACUGCUUCUGUGCAGGAGCGAUUCCUCACCUUGCAUCCCAGAGGAAGCCAUCCCAGUAAGCAGGAGGGCAGAGGAAGAGAACACGAGGGAGAAGUGGCACCAUCUGUAGCUCUCUGCUCUUUGGAACAGCUUUCAGAGGGACCUAAUUUAUUUGCCAACAGUUUGUAGCUUUGGUCUUGAACACAUUAAACUAUUCUCUGCUUGCUUACUCACUUA